UUUAGUGAUAAAUGUAACAAAAUCAAAAAAAAUGUGUUCGAAUAUAAUUCCAUGCCCUUUGUGUUCACAACCAGCAUUUUCAAAUUCGGAUUCGUUACGUUUAGCGUUAGUGAGUGUUGCAACGCGUCAUUUAUCAUGCCCUGUAUGUUCUGAAUUAUUUUUGGGUUUAGAUAAAUUAACCAUACACAUGUUUGGACAUUUACAUGGAUUAAUACAAGAAAAACCAUUGAAAAUCUUUAAUGAAUUUUCCACAACGACCGCUGUACCAAAUUAUAUAAUAUCCGCACCAUCGAAUACUACUGCCACAGUACCGAAGAAUUUUUUAAUAUUUUGUGGUUUUAAAUUUAAUGAUCGUAAAAUUGUUGAUAUGCAUAAAAAUUUAGUUCAUUCGAAUAUCGAAAUUAAUCAAAAUGGUGAUACAAUAUUGCCAUGUCAUUUGUGUACAAAAAAAUUUCGUAUGAAAGGCAGUUUAAUGAUACAUUUACGUGUUGCACAUUUUGGUUUUACAAAUUUACGAAAUCAUCAUGAGAAUAAUAAUGAUUUGGUGACGUCACCGUUGAUGAUUCUUACUGACGCAGAUAAUAAAGAUACAUCAAUAACAGCAACAAGCAACAUGACGUCAUCAUUAAAUUGUAAUAUAUGUAAUAAAACGUUUUUUAAGCAGCAACAAUUAAAUGUACAUUUAAGAACACAUGAUAAUAAACAAUGGGAGUGUGAUGUUUGUUCGAAAAUGUUUACAACAAAGUAUUUUUUAAAAAAACAUAAACGUUUACAUACAGGAGAAAUGCCGUAUAAUUGUAACCAAUGUAACAAAUCCUUUACAUUUCAACAAUCUUAUCAUAAACAUAUGCUAUACCAUAGUUCAGAUAAACCACAUGUUUGUGGGCAAUGUGGUAGAGCUUUUAAAGAACUAUCUACAUUACAUAAUCAUGAACGAAUACAUUCUGGAGAGCGUCCUUUUUCAUGUGAGAUUUGUGGGAAAUGUUUUCGACAACGGGUUUCAUGUUUAGUACAUAGACGAAUUCAUACUGGAGCAAUGCCAUACCAUUGUACUGCGUGCGGAAAAAAAUUUCGUUAUAAGGUCAGUCAACGAACACAUAAAUGUCCUUCACAGCCACCUGGAACAGUUGUGCGAAGUGAAAAUGAUCCGUUAUCUACACAAAUUAUUGAAAAUCCUUCACCAUCGAACCAUCCUGCCUCAACAUUAUCCGAAUCAAUAAAUUAUGAUAAUCUAGCCAUGCGAACAUCACCAUCAAUUCCAACAAAUUUAAAAACCGAAAAUUCUAUAAACGAAACAACAGAACAUUCAGAUAUAUUUCUAGAUGAUAAUAAACAUGUUGAAACAACAGAUGAUGAGAAUACGAAUAAUGAUACACAAAAUCAUUUGGAAGUGAUAAAAAAUACUGAUUUUUUUUCAUUAGUUAUGUCACCAAUGAAUGUGCUAUCACCAUCGGAAAAGUUGCAACAGUUAUGUUUGUCAAAUACACCAACACAAGAUAUAGUUGGAGAGAAACAGCACAUGGAUUCUGAUGAUCAUACAAAUUUAUUUUUAUGUUGUAAUAAUAAUGAACUUAUUGAGAAUAAGAAUGUCCCAUCGAAUGAUGAGCUACACAAUGAUUCGUUACAAACAAUUAAUGAGGAAUCAUUAAAACAAUUAUUAUAUUGUAUUCAUUGGCCUAAUCAUUUUGAUUUAAAUAAAUCUCCCUAA